UAAUCACGUGGUUUUGUAUAAAACGGGAACAUGUGCGUUGUAUCCCAUGUUCGUCUUGAAGGUGAAGCGCUAGUUCAGCCAUCGCCAGCACCGGCUUCUACUACAUUUGGCAAGGAAAAAUGUCGACCCUGUCUGCUGCCAGUGUGGAGACCCCUGCUGCUGCCCAGGAGGUGGAGAAGAAGCCACUGAAGCCAUGCUGUGCGUGCCCUGAAACCAAGAAAGUCCGGGAUGCGUGCAUCAUUGAAAAGGGGGAGGAGAAAUGCACUGAGCUGAUUGAGGCCCACAAAGAUUGUAUGCGACAGCUUGGAUUCAAGAUCUAGUUUUGAUGUGAUCCCUGUGUGAGUUGGUGUGCAAGCGGACAAUGGCCCAGAAUAUUCCUUCCCCACUCUAUUUAUGCUUCACCUGAAAGGGAACAUCUCUACUCCAUCUGACUAAAUUAUUGUGCUGAUCUUUUUUAAGUCUGCAGAAUCUCAGAUUGUGUGCUUGUGUCUGAAGUUGAAAUAAAUUUCUAUGCAACAAGA